AUGAAACUGAAACAGUUGGAAUACCAGUUAUCCAGUAUAGAGCCAUUCAAGAAACCUAAAAUAUUGUUGGAACAAUAUGUGACUCCUCCACAUAUCGCAGCUUGUAUGCUGAAUCACAUCCAGUCUGAAAAUGACGAUAUUACUGGAAAAAUUGUAGCAGAUCUUGGAUGUGGGGCAGGAUGUUUAACAAUUGGUACAGCUAUAUUAGAUGCAGCUGUAGUGUACGGAUUCGAAAUUGACGCUGAUGCUUUGGAAGUCUUUCAAGAAAACGUGGAAGAAUUUGAAGUUCCACAAAUUGAAACGUUACACUGCGAUGUUCGGAAAAUACCAAGCAGAUUCGAUAAGUUCUUCGAUACAGUGAUUAUGAACCCUCCCUUCGGUACCAAGCAUAACGCUGGAAUUGAUAUGGAAUUUUUGGAAAUUGGCGUCCGGUUAUCGAACAAUGCCGUUUAUUCAUUGCAUAAAACUUCAACAAGAAAUCAUGUGAUAAAACACGCGGAGAGCUUGGGUGGUAAAGUUGAGGUUGUGGCAGAGUUAAAAUACAACCUUCCCUCCACUUAUAAGUUCCACAAGAAAAAAUCGGUGGAUAUAGAGGUGGAUCUAAUAAAGAUACUGGUAUGAUGAGCUGUGCAGAUUUCAGUUUGACAAACAGAUUUUUUAUGAUGUGAUUGUUGAAUAAUAAAAUAGUUUUAUAAUAAUCUAAAAUUUUUUUGAAAAUAAGACUUCAUAUUCUGUACUUGAGUGAAAAUAAUCAAUUAAAAAAAAAAGUUUAUUGAAUUUA